CGUGCUGGGGCGCGUCGUCUGGAACAUCUGGGCUUUGGGUAGGGAGGUCACGGGAAAUGUCUGGGAGUUCACGUUUUUGACAUCACCAGCAUCUCAAUUCGCAACUCGACCGGUUAUUUGGUUUCUCUGUGGAGUGUACAUCAUUCCUUACGGGCUGCCGACAUACUCGCGCAUAUCAUCCACCUGCAAGUAAGCGUUCUGAGGCCAAAUCGAGUCUCUCGCCCAGAAAGAACGUAUCAGAACCGCCAUCCGCCAUCCAUCACCCGCCCAGAAAGCAAAGCCCUGAUCAAACUGGAAUCAAGUAAACAAACAAGAUAAACCUGCCCGAAAUACAUAGCGGGACAGGGAACAUCGUAUUUAAACACGAAGCACGAAACACAUAUUAUUAUGUCUCGCGCGCGCCGCGAUCCAGACAGCAGUUCCCAUUCCCGCGCCACGCUAUCCCGCAACGACCCGCCCUCAUCGCCCCCCAACCUCUCCCUCCGCCUCACCGUCAAGAUGCCCGCCAGCAAGCUGCGCGCCGCGACGGGUGGGUCGUCGCGGACUAGUGGUGGGAGGCCGAGUAGUGGGAGUGGGAGAGGGUUUGCGGGGGAGACGAGGGAGAGUACGAGGGCGAGGGGGGUGAAGAAGAGUUAUGUGGUUGAGAGCGAGACUGAGGAGGAGGAUGAGGAGAUGGAGGAUUUGGGGGAUGAGGAGGAGGAGGAGGAUGCGGAGGGGGAGGAGGAUGAGGAUAUGGAUCUUGAUGAGGAUGCUGAGGGGGAGGAAGAUGCGGAUGGGGAUGAUGAUAUGGAGAUGGCUGGCUUGCCGCCUCCUACCCUUAAGAUCUCGAAGCCGACGAAGGAGAAACAUUCGAUUACUGUUAAGACUGCGGGGAAGAAGGAUGUUAGGGUCGUGGCUACGACCGAGCCGAGCGAUGAUGAGGAAUUGAGCGAUCUGGAGAGCGAGGAUGAGGAGGAUGAGGAGACAAUGCAGGUCGGCAACGAUGAGGAUGCUGAGGGAGAAGAUGAGGAGAUCGAGGUGGAGGAGGAAGAGGAAGAAGAUGAGCUUGAUAGUGAUGAGGAGGCUGGUGGGGGGAGCAGAGGUUCAACGCCCGACCUGAGCAAGUUAACGAAGAGACAACGAGCGAGGCUUGAUGAGAGUGGGAGUGGACACCUCAUGGCACUACCCGAUGAGGUACAAGUCAAGAAACACCUCACAGCAGAAGAACACGCCAUGCGCCGCGCCGAAAUGGCACGUCGCCGCAAGAACCUCAGCGAGAAGCGGAAUGAAGAAGAAAAAAUGGAAACGAUCAACAAACUCCUCAAAAAACAAGCCCCCAAAACUAACGCCCGCCGCCGCGACCUGAACGGUCUCACCGGCGAGGUCGGUCCCGACGGCGAGCCGGGAAGGCCUAACUCCGCUUAUGUGCGUUGGAUCAGCAAUAAGGAGGGGAAUAAGAUCUAUGUACCGACGGAGAUGGUGGAGAGUCCCGCUGGGAGGUUGUUUGCUGGGAGGGUGGUUGAGGAGGUGUAG